GGGGCGGGGCCAGGCCGCGCGGCGCUGGGGCGAGGAGUAGCGGGUGGCCGGGGCUGGCAGGCGCAGGGUGGAGACAGCGGGACUGGAAGACCAAGCCGCUGGCCUUGGUGACACAGCAGGAGGGGCAGAACCAGGACGCACAGCCAGCCAGUGGGUCCAUCUGGAUAAUCCCCACCCUCCCAUCUAAGGAUCCUCUGGGAGAAAUUACUCUGCUGACCACUGCCUAAAGAAAUACGCAAGGUUCAGAGCAGUGUGUGGGCUCUCAUUUGUUUAAGGAAAAAAACACACAGGAAGAGGGAGUGAAAAUCCAGAGGGAGCAGGAAAAUGGCAUCUGGGGAUGACAAGACUGUUACCCGCAGGUCCAAGGUGGCCCGGGCAGAGAGGAUGAGCCAGUUCCUGCGGCAUUUCACCGUGGCCGGGGAUGACUACCACUCCUGGAACAUCAACUACAAGAAGUGGGAGAACGAGGAGGACGACGAGGAGGAAGGGGAGGAGGAGGAACAGCCCCGGCCCGCGCCAGCCCCAGGCGAGGAGGGCAGGGAUGCCGAGGCUGCCUCCGUCCCUGCGCCUAGGCCUCCCCCGGACUUCAAGGCCAAGCUGAGGAAGCUCUUCCACUCCCACCGCUUCCAGGUCAUCAUCAUCUGCCUGGUGGUUCUGGAUGCCCUGCUGGUGCUGGCUGAGCUCAUUCUGGACCUGCAGACCACCGAGCCCGACAAGAACAAAUAUGUGGCCCAGGUGUUCCACUGCAUGAGCAUUGCCAUCCUGGCCUUCUUCAUGAUAGAGAUUUUCUUUAAGAUAUUUGUCUUCCGCCUGGAGUUCUUUCACCACAAGUUUGAGAUCCUGGACACAGUGGUCGUGGUGGUCUCGUUCGUCCUUGACGUCGUCCUCCUGUUCUGGGAGCACGAGUUUGAGGCUCUUGGGCUGUUGAUCCUGCUCCGGCUGUGGCGCGUGGCCCGGAUCAUCAAUGGGAUAAUCAUCUCAGUGAAGACCCGUUCCGAACGGCAAUUCCUGAGAUUAAAACAGAUCAAUAUUCAGUUGGCCACCAAGAUCCAGCACCUCGAGUUCAGCUGCACUGAGAAGGAACAAGAGAUUGAAAGACUCAACAAGCUGCUGCGACAGCACGGCCUGCUUGGUGAAGUGAACUAGAAGUCUGAGGCUCUGCAAAGAAGGCCC